AUGUAUUUUGUGGUUUUCAUGAAUUGUCAGGAUGAUGUCCAUGUAGAAGAGGUUGAUGAAAAUACACCUGAUUAUAGUGAAUUUUUCACCACUACAACUAUAUUUCCCACUCGAAAAGCGUUGCGUGAUUGGGUUACUGAAGUAAGUAGGCUGCAUAAUAUGGUGAUAAUCAUCGCUCGAUCACAAUAUGGUGAAGAGCAAGGCUUGGGGAAUGCAAAAGCUACCCUCACUUGUGAAAGAAGCGGGAGAUAUAGACUGCAUAAGUCUAGAGAACGUGUAGAUGUGGAGAAAUUUACCGGUACAAAAAAAAGAUUGUGUCCUUUUCGACUUCAAGCGAUUGAGUGUGUUGGUGGUGGUUGGAGUGUCUAUGUCAUUAAUGGAAAGCACAAUCAUGAUCUUCCCGAUUUCAAUAAGGGACGUGCGGUUAUUGGCAUGUUAAGUAAAGAUGAGCUCAAUUUGAAGUUGAAAACUGAGGCAAUGUGUGGUAGGUCUAUGAUGCAACAACUAAUGAAGGUGAUUGUUGAUAAUAACUAUCUACAAUGGCAUCGUGAAGAAGUGGGAACAAAUGUGUCAUUGAUUAUACAUAUAAGACAAACAGAUACAAAAUGCCUUUUUUUGGAGAUAGUUGGUAUAGUUCCAACUGGAAAAUUUUUUGCUGUCGCCUUUGCUUGGUUGAGAAACGAAAAGGAAAUAAAUUACCAAUGGGUCAUGGAAUGUGUGAAACAGUUAUUUGAUCCAGAGAAGCUGUUGGGUGUGAUUGUAACUGACAGGGAAUUGGCUCUUAUCAACGCGGUUAGACAAAUAUUUCCUAACUCGGCUCAUCUUUUAUGUACAAGACAUAUUGGGAAAAAUGUGGACAACUAUGUGGGCAAGUUGACUAAAAAUGAAGAUAUUGUCAAAGCAUUUCGUUCUAGAUGGUAUAAGUUAGUGGAUGCACCAAGUGUUGAUCGAUGA